CAGGUUUUAGCGGGAGGAAACAUGCGUGCCCCGCCCCUUUCUCUUGGAGGGGGCAGUGCAGCGGCUCAUGACGCCAUCAGAGGGCGUCGGAGGAGGGAGCGCGACGCCCGCUGAAGAUGUUGGAAUCGCUUUUGGGUUUUGGUGGUCUGGUGCUGCUUCGGGACUCGGUGGAGUGGGAGGGGCGCCGUUUGCUGAAGGCACUUAUCAAGAAAUCUGCACUGUGUGGGGAGCAAGUCCACAUCCUGGGCUGUGAAGUGAGUGAGGAAGAGUUCCGUGAAGGGUUUGACUCCAACAUCAACAGCCGGUUGGUUUACCAUGACUUCUUUAAAGACCCUCUCAACUGGUUGAAAACGGGGGAAGAUGUUGCCAGGGGGCCCCUGGGAGCAUUGAGAGCCAUAUGCAAGAGGGCAGAUCCUGGUCCUGUCACCAUUGCUCUUGAUUCACUUAGCUGGCUGCUGCUUCACCUCCCCUGUGCUUCACUCUGCCAGACCCUGAAUACUCUAGGCCAUUGGGACUCCUGCCCUGGUGGCGGCUCCCCAUUGAAACAGGUGCGUGUGCUAGGCCUGUUACAUGAAGAGCUUCAUGGCCCAGGCCCUGUGGGAGCAUUGAGCAGCCUUGCUCAAACUGAGGUGACCCUGAGAGGGACAGCAGGCCAGACCUCAGCCCACAUCCUCUAUCGGAGGCACCAACAGCGCCCAACCCAUCAGAUUCAUUGGUUCUCCAUCUUGUCUGACUUUAGUUUGGAUCUCCAAGGAGGACCACCCCUAGAGUCCCAGGACCACCUAGAUCUUCACAAACUCCAGGUGGACCCCACGACUCAUUUGACCUUUAACCUUCACCUGUCCAAGGAAGAGAAAGAAGCCAAAGAUAACUUGACCCUCCCCUUCCAGUUCAGCUCUGAAAAGCAGCGGGCUCUUCUGCACCCUACGCCAGGCCGGGCUGUCAGCCAUAUCUUCUAUGAACCAGAUGCUUAUGAUGACCUGGACCAAGAAGACCCAGAUGAUGACCUAGAUGUUUGACUGGCCAGGAAAUUUGACUAGAUUAUAAGUAGACAGGAAGGAGGAAGACCUUGGGCCCAUGACCAUCCUUCCAUUGUUUGGUUGGCCUUACUUUGUCCCUGUCACAACUUUGUUCCAUGUCUGUGGAGGCCCUGCGCUAUGACCAUGAGCCCAGAAUCAUUGUGCAAUAGGACAAAAAGUGGGAUGGAGUUCUCAUAGAAGGUGAAAGAAAAAGAAACCUCCCCAUGCCUAAUAAAAAUCUUAAUUUUUUAUUAAAGAAAUUUU